CCUCCCAAUGUAUUAUGCACUCUUCACUACGAACUCUGCAGCUCUUCUUAACAAAAACACACAACAAAAUUAAGUUGCAAAAAGCGUAACAAGAGAUGGCAAGUAGGUAUUUAGCAGUGUUUCUUGUUGCUCUAACGGUGGUUCAAUCCGUCACCGCCGCAAGACCGACCCCGGCCAAGAAUGUCGGAGCUGGUCUUGACGACCAAAAGAAUUUUGUUGCGUUUGCUGGAGUCGGUGGAGCUGCUGGAGCAGGCUUUGGUGGUGUAGUAGGUGGCGUCGCUGGAGUGCUACCUGUAGGUGGAGUAGGCGGAGGGAUUGGUGGUCUCGGCGGUGGUGUAGGUGGUCUCGGUGGUGGAAUAGGAGGAAUUGGUGGUGGUUCAGGUCUUGGUGGUGGUGCAGGUGCAGGUGGACUAGGCGGCGUAGGUGGACUCGGCGGUGUAGGUGGCAUAGGCGGAGUUGGUGGUUUGGGAGGAAUUGGCGGUGGAAGCGAUUGCGGUGACGUUCUUCCUCACCCUUGAUGAUAUAAGCGUUUAUUUUCAUUCUCUCAGUAAACCAAAAAUCGAUCGAGAAGGUUUAUAUUUGUUCAGUUUAUCAUGUUGUUUUUCCAAAUUUUAUGUUUUAAGUAUUUUUUUUAUGCUGUUUGUUAUUAGUUACUUGUGAGAAACUUUUUUUUUUGUUUUGUAACUUACUUGUGAGAAACCUUGUGCUAUCAAUAAAUAGAGUAUUUUUCGUGUGGCAAAA